CAACAUCAACAUUGUACGUCACAUUUCCUCCCUCCCUCUCUCGCACCGUUCCGUCAUUCGCUCGGUCGGUUUUUAUCACCUGUCGAAAAAAUCCUUGGCGCUCAUUAUAACCGGCUUUCAUAAAUUUCGUAUUUUUCAUUUCAUUUUAAGACACCGUCUUAUUUACCUUCUCGUUUUACAAAAAUGGCUGCAGACGGGGUUAAUAUAACUGAAGACGCUGAAAUGGCGGAUUGUGAUGGGGACAAAGUUGUUACGAUGAUGGAUGUUUUACAAGAACAACAGGAUUUCGAAGAAGAUGCCAACGCUGUUCUUGGAGCUUCUGAUGAUAAAAACUGCACUUAUUCCAAGGGUUACAUCAAAAGACAAGCCUUAUAUGCCUGCCUCACAUGCUGCACUGAAGCUAAAACAGACCCAACAAAAAGAGCUGGUGUGUGCCUUGCUUGCAGCUUGAAUUGUCAUGAAAAUCAUGAACUUAUUGAACUCUACACAAAAAGAAACUUUAAAUGUGAUUGUGGCAAUCCCAAAUUUAAUUCCCACCCCUGCCAAUUCACUCCUGACAAAACUGAUCUUAAUGAAGAAAACAUUUAUAACCAGAACUUUAGUGGACUUUACUGCACUUGCCAGCGGCCUUACCCAGACCCUGAGGCAACCACUGAAGAUGAUAUGAUCCAGUGUAUCAUCUGUGAAGACUGGCUCCAUUCCUCACAUCUAGAAGCUGUUGUCCCUGCUAAUGACCAAUACGCUGAAAUGAUUUGUAAAAGUUGCAUGGAGAAGAAUGAGUUCCUACACGAUUACAGUUUGUUUGCAGUUCAUGUUGAGACAGGAGAUGUGGAUAUUUUAACUGUGAAUGGUGAUACAAAAUCUUCUAGUCUUUGUAAUGGGGAUAAUGAAAAUAAAAGUGAAAUUCAAAUUAGUAAUAUUACUACCACAAUUGGGGAUAUUGAUAUGAUUGAGGACAAAGCCAUAGAUGAUAAGAACAACAAAACCAACGAAAGUAUUACUGAAAUUAAACAACAUGAUUUAAAAAAUGUGGAGUCUUCAGAAGCAAAAAAAGAUGAAAAGACUGAUAAUGUAAACCAAACAGAUAAUAUGGAUUUAGAUGCUGAAAAAGGUGAAGAAAACAAUCAGUCUGCAGUUAAUAUUGAAUUAAAUGAAACAGGUCAAGAUGAAUUAUUAUCUGACAGUUUGAAAGAACAACCCGACAGUAACUUAGAUAAAAAUGAAUCUGAUCAAAGAGAUGCAUUGUCCGAAAAUACUACAAGCUCAGAAAAAAAUAUUACUGCACAAGAAACAGAAGCAACUAAGGAACAAACUGGAAUUGAAGAAAAUGAGAAAAGUAAAGAUGAUCAGGAUAAUAAAACAGAUCAACAACUUAUAGACGAUCUCAGUGCACUAACUGAUGCUAAUCAAACAUUAGAUAAAGAAAGUGAUAUAACUACAGGUAGUAAAUCUGAUGAUAAUGUGGAGCAAUGUGAAAACAGUAAGGAGGCCAAGGAUAAAGAUCUGUCUAAAGAAAGUGAAGCAAGUCACAAUCACAAUGCAGUUAGUGAAAGUGAUGGCCCUGCUGCCAAUAUUGAAGUUUCUGAUACAUCACAAUCUGAAAAAGUUACUGAUGAAAAAGAAGCUAAUGACAAGAGUGUUUCAGUGAUUGAUGCUAUAGAUGAACUUUUGCAAACAACAACUAAAAAAGAGUCUGAAACUGUUGAAACAUCCUCAGAGAAUCAGGGAGCUAAACAAUCUGAUGAUAUUGAAAUGAGUGCUGGUAAUGCCAAAGCUGAGAAUGAUAUUUCGGAUAAAGCAGAAGAUGCAGCUAAAACCGGAGAUAAAACUAUUCCUAACAAUGAAACAGAUGAUAUCACAAACAAAGUUGAAUCUACAAAUGGUGACCACAAUGAUAACGAUGCUAAGAACCCAGAUAAUAAAAAUUCUGAAAACACUGAAGAGAAUGGUACCACCAGUAAAACUGAAAUGAAUGGAGAUAAGCUUGACAAAGAAUCUCCAGCAAACACUACUGAAAAUUCUGAAGAAAUGAGCCAAGACAAAGACAAGAAAAAUAAUAAGGAAGACAACGAAAAUGAUAACAAAAAAGAAAACACUAAGGAACAAAAAAGAAAACUAAGCACCGAUUUUACAGAUGUUUCACCGAAAAAAACUAAAUUGGAAUGUUUGAGACCUAAGGGAGUGAAAAGAGUUCACAAGGGUGCUACAUUCUGGCCAUCCAACUUCCGCCAAAAGUUGUGUACUUGUAAUGAAUGUCUUUCAAUGUACAAAGACCUAAAAGUACUGUUUCUUACUGACUUGGAGGACACUGUUUUUGCCUACGAAAGUUUGGGGAAGGAGAACGCAGCAGGAGGAGCCUCACAAUAUGAGAAAGGUCUGGAAGCACUCUCUUCAUUAGACAGAAUACAACAAAUAAAUGCCCUUACAGAGUACAAUAAAAUGAGAGACAAGUUGCUUGACUUCCUUAAGAGUUUUAAAGACAGGAAAGAAAUUGUAAAGGAGGAAGACAUUAGAGCAUUUUUCGCCGGAAUGAAACCACGUCGUGAACCUGACGGUGUUUAUUUUUGCAGAUAAAAUUAGUAUUAAGCAUUAUUUUGUAUGUUUUUUAAUUUGUGAUUCUGUGACCGCAUUCCUCCUUAGUAAUGUAAUGCGUGAUUGAUGGUUAUUGAAUUCUCAAUAUAUUCAAUUUUGUGAUAA